CGCAGAUGAUCUAUGUCACAGCAGCAAGAGCCAGGAGAAGCAGCCGUCGCCGACCGGGGAACACGGGAGCUGUGGUGUUGUUUAUUUCUGUCAAAAUAAACUUUUCUCCACAAUGUCGGGAUUUGACAACAACCCCUUCGCUGACCCGGUGGACGUUAAUCCUUUUCAGGAUGCCUCCAUCACACAGGCCACUAGUGGAGUCACUGAAAAUGGGGAGUUCAACCCUUUUGCUGCCGAUGUGAACUCUGAAAAGACCAUCCCCAUCUCGGCUACCACUACUCAACCAGCCAUUCUUCAGACCUCUGUGGAGCAGAGUGCACAAGCAAAUGCAGCUGCCGGCCAGGCUAACCUGAUCAAACAGCAGGAGGAGCUGGAGAGGAAAGCUGCUGAGCUGGAGCGGAAAGAGCAGGAGCUGCAGAACAGGAGUGCAGGCAGAACCCACACUGGUGAAAAAGAGAACAACUGGCCCCCUCUUCCUAGUUUCUCCCCUGUGAAGCCGUGUUUCUAUCAGGACUUUGAGGAAGAAAUCCCUGAGGAGUACCGCAGGAUCUGCAAGAGGAUGUACUACCUCUGGAUGUUCCACAGUGCCACCCUCUUCCUCAACGUGCUCGCCUGCUUGGCGUACUUCACAGUAAAUUCUGACUAUGGUGUUGACUUUGGUCUAUCCAUCCUCUGGUUCAUCCUCUUCACCCCCGUGUCCUUCGUCUGCUGGUACAGGCCCGUCUACAAGGCCUUCAGGUCGGACAGCUCCUUCAGCUUCUUCUUCUUCUUCUUUGUCUUUUUCUUCCAAGUGGCUGUGUACAUCAUUCAGACUGUAGGAAUCCCGAGGUGGGGAAACAGCGGAUGGAUCACAGCUAUCAGCAUGAUCCGUGCAAACCUGGCUGUAGCCGUGGUCAUGAUGGUUGUAGCAGGUUUUUUCACUGUAAACGCUGUUCUGGCUGUCAUCCUAUUGAAAAUGGUCCACUCGAAGUACAGAAGGACAGGGGCCAGCUUCACCAAGGCCCAGCAGGAGUUCUCCACUGGAGUCCUGUCGAACAGAACCGUUCAGAGCGCUGCAGCCAGCGCUGCCAGCUCUGCUGCUCAGGGAGCAUUUGGCAGGAACCAGGGAAAUUAGACUGUUUUCCACUUCCUCAGUGCCUCAGGCUAGUCACUGCUUUGACCAUCAUAGCCAUAAAACCAACAUUCUUAUGAGUUUUGGGGAUGGGGAUUUUAUUAUUUAAUGACAGGGCCAGAGAACAACCAAGUUAGGAAGAGAGUUUUUUUUCUCUCUGUGAGAUCAGCAAUGCAACAUGUUACUGUUUCCAUCAUAUCAACUUUUAAAGAUACUGGGGCAUAAAACAAGAAGUGCGUGUUACUGAUUUGUGCUACAAUGUGAUUCUGGAAAUCAUAAGCUGAAGGCAAAAUAUAUGGCAGAGCAGCAAUGUCCAAAAAGGAAUUGGCAAAAUGGUAUCACAAUAUAAAGUCUGGCAUUUAACUGUAGACUAAGAAUGUAAAAGUGAAUAUCUAGAGAUGUCAGUCCAGGGCAGUGGUGUCCAAACUACGGCCUGAGGGCACCACCAAGUAUAAAGAUGACAUAAAAUCCAGAAUACAAAUUAAGACCCAGAAUAAAAACCCAAAAUAACCUAGCAUGUUUUACCAUCAGAAUAAAAUAGACCCAAACUAUGAACCCAUGCAUUUUUCGGCUCCUCAACAGCAUGAGGGUGUUGGAGGGUAACCAGCAGUUAAAACUGUAAUUUAAAGCAUUUUUAUUCCUACAGUAAACUUUAUAUAACCAAGUAUGGAUAUUCUUGUUACUCUCUUUGCAGGCUACAAACUGCCUGCUCUGUAGACACAUCUUAUGAAACUACUGAUGAACACAAUUUUUUUUUAUUGCUCACUUGUACUAUACUGUAUAGAAGGAACUGAUGCUUAAUGAAGGUGAAGGGAUGAAGUUUUUCUUUGAAUUCUACUCAGCUAACUGAGAAAGAUGAAGGGAGGUAAAGGCUCUUCUGAGGCAAAUGAAGAAAACUGGGAUGGCACAUUUUAAUCCAUGUUGAGUUGUUGAGAAUGAUGUUUUCUGUAGAUUGUGCUGUAAUAUAAUGAAAUACAGGGUGCAGAGUUACUGAUAGGGUUUAUAUGUAUUUACUAAGAAGAAUAAUGAGCAGAAAGAACACUAUAUUUAUCUGUUAAUUAUCCAUGCCUUUGACUUUGUAGCUAUCCAGACCAAGUCAAGUGUUACUGGAAAGUUGCAGACAGUUUGUAUUUUCUAGCUACACCUACAUGUUGGUAGGUUUUAGUAUUUUCACAUGUGAAUAUGUACGCUGUCCUUUUCUAAUCUGCUGUUACUGUACCACUAAAAAGGUUUAGGUCUAACCUCAGUGCCUUUACACGGAUGUGGCCUCCUUUGUGUGGGGAUAUGCACACGAGGCUGUUGGUUUUAAGUGUUUGUCUGAUUUUCUUUGUCUUUACAGAAAAAUGAAAUUUAAGGGGAAGUUUC